UCUUCAAGUCGGAAAGUUGCAGCUCAAGAAAGAUGCUCCAGCUUCCGACUUUGAAUUCCAAGUUGAUUGACAGUUCAAACGUUUUUCCCCAGAAGUCUCAGUUGUCAUGAACGGACUGAAGUCAGAUAUUUCCGAGUUUCCAAUUGUUGUGAACGCGGCAUAUGAUAUGAAAGAGUAGACGCAACAGGACUCUGUAAACGUUGUAAAAGGAUCCUAGAUUAUAGCCUAGUACUUCCGUGUUUGUACAUUAGCUGUUCCCGAACCUGGAAAAAGUGGACAAGUGGUGUUUGUUGAAGUCAACCACCCACAUAAGGAUCAUCAACCAUGUCCACCUCUAUCACCACUGCAAAUGGAACUGUGGUAGUGUCACAAGUUUUCCACUUGGCGGAGAAUGGCAAGGCUUCAGUGCCACUUCUGAAUGUCACUCCCCAGAUCCAGAGUGUGCCCCCUGCUGUGCCACUGCCUACCACUAAAGUGUCAGAGAUGACAAGGGUGUUCCUGCAGCUUCAGCCACAAUCUCUUGGGAUUGUUCAGAUCGUCCUUGGAUUGGUGUGCAUGGUGGUGAACCUGUCUGCUCUUCUCACCCCUAUCCUGUAUGACCAGUUCCCACUCUUCAUGGGAGUUGCUUUUGUCCUCUCUGGAUCUCUCACUGUGGCUGCCCGGAAAGGAACACGUUUGAGUCUGAUUAAAGGGACUCUGGCUGUGAAUGUUGUCAGUGUUCUUGUGGCUCUGGCUGGGGUUGCCUAUAUUUGUAUGCUUCUGACUGUGAAACAUGAAGAUGGUUUCUGCACCGACACUGACAACAACUAUACUUCCAAUUCCAACCAGAACAGGAUAAAGGAAUGCACAAUUAUGGUUAGGACACUAUAUACAGUCUUGAAUGGGGUGAAGGGCAUUCUACUGGUCCUGAUGGUGAUGGAGCUCUGUGUGGCUCUCACUGUCUGCGUCUUCUCUGGGAAAUCCAUUCACCUCCGUGGGUACUACAGCCUGAGCUGUGGCCGGGGAAUGGUGGCGGUAGAGACUGGUACUGACCCCACCGGAGCCAGCCAGGCCUCCCUGAGCGACAGUGACGUGGCCUUACUGAGCAGUGUUGAAGACUCUGACACCCCGGCUCCACCGUACUCUCCUUGAGGCAGAACAAUACCAUACACCUGACCCUAGGAAGUGUGAUGCCAUUGCGAAUGUUUCCGAUGUUUUGUUAUCAAUUUGAACAGUCAUGUGUCCUGGUGAUGGUUCUGUCCUGAUGAAUGUAGUGCUUACUAAUUCAUGAAGUAGCACUCUUUGCUAUUUCAUAUUACUGGAGAGUUGCUCUUGAUUUCUGACUAUUAUUCUUUCAUUCAAUAAAUGUAAUAUUUCCUCUUCAA